CCUGAUAAAACAAACAGUAAAAAUACACCUCCAUCUGAAAGAAGUCAACCAACUAUUGCCACCAGAAAGUAUGAAAGUGGCCACAAGUAUGACGAUAAUAUAUCCUGCAUCUAUGAGUUGACAGAUGGUCUAACGAUUCUACUAAAAAAUGCUCAGGCUCUCU